AUGCCAGCAGCAGCAGCAGCAGCAGCAGCAGCAGAGGAAGAAGAAGAAGCAGCAGCAGAAGCAGCAGCAGAAGCAGCAGCAGAAGCAGCAGCAGAAGCAGCAGCAAAACACGAAGCAGCAGCAACAGCAACAACAGCAACAACAGCAACCAGAACAAAAGUAGCGACAGCAGCAGCAGCGACAGCAGCAGCAGCAGCAACAGCAACAGCAACAGCAACAGCAGCAGCAGCAGCAACAGCAGCAGCAGCAACAGCAGCAGCAGCAGCAGAACCAGCAGAAGCAGCAGCAGCAGCAAUGGUUAGUUGGAUUCCUCCACCAAGUGACGAUCCAUCGUCGAUACCUGCAGCAGCAGCAGCAGCAGCAGCAGCAGCAGCAGCAGCAGUAGCAGCAGCACAGCAGCAGCAGCAGCAGCAGCAGCAGCAAUAG